AUGUCAGUAUCUAAUUUCCAUUUUGCAAAGGUGCAAAGAAAUUAGAAACCGCGUACUUUACUCUCAUUCCGCAACCGAAAACAAUUAAAAAGCGAACCUAAACUAUGAUUUGUUUCACUUACGGUUACGAAGUAACGGUACCGUUACUCCAUACCUGUAACCUACCUGAGUUUAGUUUACGAACGUCUCAAAGCCAACGGUAAAAGACAACGUGUACGUCAGUUUUGUAGUACAAGUGAAGCCGCCUUGUCUUAUCUUCUGCAAAUUUUACAUUUUGUCUGCGUGUCAUUUGCAUAUCACCAAAUUUGAUCAUUCUAAUGACCGUGUCCGCCCAUUGUUUCAACGCCUUCUGGAACCGACAGUGAUGUGCUACCAAAAUCAAAACGAAAUAAAUCGGUAGUGAGUGCAUAAUUAAAGUUAUGGGUUCGAAAUUUAAAAUCAACCACCGGUCCCAUAACUAAGUCUCCAUAUUGGUCUGGAGAAAAUGGCAAAAAGCGGAAACAAAAGUGUACUGUGGGCGUACGUUUUAUGGCUCUUCGGCGGAAUAUUUGGACUGCAUUUGUUCUAUUUGGAAAGGGACUCGCACGCGUUUCUCACGUGGAGCACGCUCGGUGGAUAUGGCCUCGGGUGGCUUGCCGAUAUUACCAAAAUUCCUCGAUACGUGAGAGACGUUAAUAACGAUCCGAAAUUCCUCGAGGAAUUGGUUCAGAAAGUGAGAAAAAACAAGAAGCCCCCAUUUUCCACCAGUCGAUUUAUAUCGGCCAUCACAGUCGGAUACUUCUGGGGACAACUGCUGCUACUGGCCAUUCCAGAAGAUGAGUUCGGCGGUAUAAACUGGAAGUUUCUGCAAUGGCUGGUUCCCGCAGGUGCAACUGCAGGAGUGUGGGCCGUUGGAAACAUUGGCCGCGAAACCGGGACGCCUUGGAAGUCUUUGGUUUGCGCGUACGUGGCGUAUCUGUCGAGGUGGUAUUUUUUUGACGAGAGUAUUUGGUUAACCACCGUCGUUUUUACCUCGGCGCUGGCGUUCGAUUCCUUUUCGAAGCAAUGGCGGCGGAAACCAAGGGAGAAGAAGUCGAUAGUGAAGCGAAUUGCGGUACUCGCCCUUUGUGGUACGUUGUAUUUAUCAAUGUGGAGUGCAUAUUUUUACUUCAAUGGAAAAGUCACCGACUCCAACGGUGAUGAAAUACCCGUUCACGAAGCAAUUCACCACUUCUUCACGUCACCUUGGUGGACGGACCUGAAACAAUCCCUCUACGACGUCUACACAUUUGCGCAACAUCACGGAUGGUACGAAGUGUGGAAGCAAAUAAUCGAUCUAUCGGAUCCGCAAGGCGAACAGAACGCCUACAAGGUUUUAGGUGUGUCGCCUACGGCAUCCCAAUCCGAAAUCACCUCGAAAUGGCGACACUUAAGCAGAGAGUGGCAUCCGGAUAAAAUUAAAGAUCCGCAAUUGAAAUCGGAGGCGCAAAAUAAGUUUAUGGAGAUACAGCAGGCCUACGAGAUCUUAUCGAAUAUAAAGACUAAACGUAAACGCAAAAAUAAAAAGUCAGUAGAUUAAUACCCGCAAAACUGCCCCAGGUUCCGUUUGAUGGUGCCAAAGAGACAGACGUUUUUCUAUUUAUUGUGUUUAACAUGUCUUCAGUGAGAGAAAAACAUUGUUUUAAACUUUACAAUUGCGUAUAAUGUAAUAGUAAUAUAUGUGAGUUGUGAUUAUUGUUGUCUUUAAAAUGCACACGGUUUUGUGUUAAAUGAGCCAUCCACUUACGCUUAUCGCUACAGGGUUUAUGAAUGCUUUGAUGGAUUUAAUUCACAUGUUUUGAGCGUCAUUUUCAUAAAA